CAUGCAAUUGUACCUACUCGUGUCAAGUCCACGUCAAGUCAAUGCUACGUCAGUUUCUUAAAUCCUAUUGUGGACUCUCUUUGAAAUUUCGAAGUUUCACAAUAUUAUUUUAAUUUAGGGAUUAUUAUGACAAACGCAAUAAUUUACACGGAAUCUUGCGGGGAUGUUAAAACGGAUUAUGUCAAGACCGAACAUUGUCGGAUAGAAAAAGUUGCUUUUUCCAAAAUAAAAUUACCGUCCUUUUUAUUUACAUUGUUCAGAGAAGCAUUUCUACCUCAAGGCUUUCCUGAAAGUGUUCAUCCGGAUUACACUUCUUAUCAAAUAUGGGAUACAAUUCAGGCAUUUGCGAGUACUAUCAUGGGAACUCUUACAACACAUUCGAUUAUGCAAGGUGUAGGUGUAGGAGAAUCGACUGCAACUCCUUUAGCGGCUGCAAUUACAUGGAUUUUGAAAGAUGGAACUGGAAUGAUCGGGCGCAUCGUGUUUACCUGGUGGAAAGGAAGCGUUCUCGAUGCUCAAUGCAAACAGUGGCGACUCUUUGCAGACGUGAUUAACGAUAUAGCAAUGGGAAUAGAAUUAGUGGUUCCUUACUUUUCACAGUAUUCUAUGAUAGUACUAUGUGCAUCAACAGGCCUGAAAUCGAUCGUUGGAGUUGCCGGAGGAGCAACAAGAGCCGCGAUAACGCAGCAUCAGGCGUUACAAGGAAAUAUGGCUGAUGUUUCUGCAAAAGAUGGCAGUCAAGAAACACUUGUUAAUUUAGUUGCCUCGAUGCUCGGGAUAUGGAUAAUUUCGCAUUUGCGUGAAGAAUUUUUCAUCCUCCUGUAUGCUUUUUUAGUAUUUGUACACCUCUUCGCUAACUAUUCUGCAGUAAGAGCGUUACGGUUCCAUUCGAUAAACGAGAACAGACUUUCUUUAAUCAUGAUGAUAUAUGAUGAAGAAAAACGCAUUCCUACUCCAGAUGAGGUCAAUAAACUUGAACCAGUGUUCUUUACCCAAAAUUUAGUUAAAGCCAAGUAUGGAUUCCGUAUAAAAAUGGGUUGUUCCUUUCAAAAUGUAUCGCAAGUAAUAGUUCCGAAUGAAGGAUAUAUUCGUUAUUUGUCUAAUUUCAUUCGCCGGGAAAAAUUUUUUGCGUGUAUGGAUGUUGGCCGAAAUACUAAUUGGGUUUUCUUGAAAAAAGAAGCAAACUCAACCGACGCAAUCAGAGCAUAUUUAUAUAGUUAUUGCAUUGGAAGAUACUUUUAUGAAUGGUUUCCUGAAUACAAAAACAAGAGUAUUUUUUCAUUAAAAAAAGAUAAUCUGGAUGUCAACUGUUUUGGCGAGUCUCUUCUCAUCAAGUAUCUGGAGUCUGAGGACGAAGUUUUCCGGAAUUGCGAAGAUUUCAUUUCUCAGCUUAAAGAAACAGAAUGGACAAUAGACUCUCAUUUUCUGCCAAUUGGACCAUGGAGGGGCUCUUGGGAGGAUGACAAAAGUGUGUAAAAGGGAAUAAAGAUAAAAAUUGCCGUACUUAAAGCAGAAAUAAUUGUUAUUUUUGUACUACAAACUAAACUUAUUCAAAAAUAAAAAAUUUCUAUGAAAAUA